UUGCGAUUCAUCAGGAUGGCGGAGUUCUUGGAUUUGGAAACCCAAGACGCCGUGCGGAUGCCAUGGAAUGUGCUCCCCGGCACCAAACAAGAAGCCGCUCAAUGCGUCAUCCCAAUUUCCGCCAUCUACACUCCAAUCAAACCCUUACCAAACACCACACCUCUCCUCCCUUACUCUCCUCUCCGAUGUCGCAAUUGUCGAUCCGUACUCAACCCCUUUUCCAUCGUCGACUUCUCCACCAAAAUCUGGAUCUGUUCCUUCUGCCUCCACCGUAAUCACUUUCCUCUUCAAUACCAACAAUCAAUAUCUGAAGACAACCUCCCGGCUGAACUCUUCCAUCAAUACACCACCAUUGAAUACGAACCUCAGAACGAGAGACCCACUUCCCAAGUCAUUCCGCAGGUGUUUUUCUUUGUGGUGGAUACUUGUAUGAUUGAGGAAGAAAUUGGGUAUCUAAGAUCAGGGCUUUCCAGGGUGAUUGGGGAGAUUCCCGAGAAUUCACUUGUGGGUUUGAUUACUUUUGGGAGGUAUGUCUGUGUGCAUGAGUUGGGGUUUUUCGGAAAAAUUCCUAAGGUUUAUGUGUUUAAUGGGACUAAGGAGAUUACGAAAGAUCAGGUUUUGGAACAGAUGGGUUUCUUUUUAAAGAAACCGAGACCGGCUACAGGAGUUGUUGCUGGAGUCAGGGAUGGGCUUUCCCAGGAGAGCAUUUCGAGGUUCUUGUUGCCAGCUGCAGAGUGCGAGUUUGCCCUAAAUUCGGUAUUGGAUGAGCUUCAAAAAGAUCCUUGGCCAGUUCCUGCAGAUCAAAGGGCACCAAGGUGCACUGGCACUGCGCUAACUGUGGCUGCUCAUUUGUUGGGAGUAUGUGUUCCUGGCUCUGGGGCUAGAAUUAUGGCCUUUUUGGGUGGGCCAGCAACCGAAGGACCAGGUUCCAUUGUGUCAAAAGCCUUGUCUGAACCUAUUCGUUCUCAUAAGGAUCUGGAUAAAGAUGAUGCUCCUUAUUUUCACAAAGCAGUGAAGUUAUAUGAAGGACUCACAAAGCAACUCAUACAUCAAGGACAUGUACUUGAUGUGUUUGCUUGUGCUCUUGACCAGGUUGGGGUAGCUGAGCUUAAAAUUGCAGUUGAAAAAACUGGAGGACUUGUUGUACUAGCAGAAAGCUUUGGUCAUUCCGUUUUCAAAGAUUCUCUAUUGCGUGUUUUCCAGUCCGGUGACAAUGACCUGGGUCUAUCAUCAAAUGGUAUAUUUGAGGUAAACUUCUCAAAGGAUAUCAAAAUUCAGGGGGUUCUUGGUCCAUGCGCGUCACUUGAAAAGAAAGGUCCUUUAUGCUCCGACACUACUAUUGGUCAAGGGGGUACUACUGCAUGGAAGAUGUGUGGACUUGAUAAAUCUACUUCAUUAUGCUUAAUAUUUGAUAUCGUGAAGAAAGAAAACCCAGAUGUUAUUGGUCAAGCUGCAAACAAUCAGUUCUAUUUCCAAUUUUUGACUUAUUAUCAGCAUAGCAAUGGACAAAUGCGGCUUCGAGCCACCACUCUCUCGAGAAGAUGGGUCACUGGACCAGAAAAAAUACAGGAUUUGAUUGCUGGGUUUGACCAAGAAGCAGCUGCCGUGGUCAUGGGGCGUCUAGUUUCUUUUAAAAUGGAGACCGAGGCUGAAUUUGAUCCCAUAAGGUGGCUUGACAAAUCAUUGAUACACCUAUGUUCUCGUUUUGGGGACUAUCAGAAGGACAGCCCGUCUUCUUUUGUCCUAUCUCCACGCUUGGCAAUUAUUCCUCAGUUUGUAUUUAACUUACGGAGAUCUCAAUUCGUACAGGUUUUCAAUAACAGCCCAGAUGAGACAGCAUACUUUAGGAUGGUUAUGAACCGAGAAAAUGUUGCCAAUUCAGUCGUGAUGAUUCAACCUUCUUUGAUUUCUUAUGCUUUUAACUCUGGAGCAGAACCGGCUCUUUUAGAUGUGGCCUCUAUUGCUGCUGACAGGAUUCUUCUUUUGGAUUCGUAUUUCACUGUCGUUGUAUUUCAUGGAUCUACGAUUGCUCAGUGGCGUAAAGCUGGGUACCAGAACGAGCCCGAGCACAAGGUUUUUGCUCAGUUGUUGCAAGCUCCUCUUGACGAUGCCAAUGCUAUAGUAAAGGAACGGUUUCCAGUUCCCCGUGUAGUCAUCUGCGAUCAGCAUGGAUCUCAGGCUCGUUUUCUAUUGGCGAAACUAAAUCCUUCGGCUACAUACAAUUCGGAUGCUCCUCCUACUCCUGGUGGUGAUGUUCUGUUUACAGAUGAUGUUAGCUUCGAGAUCUUUUUAGACCAUCUUCAACGAUUGGCAGUUCAAUAAAUUUCCUCUAGCCUCCAAUUUUGUAAGAUUGUACAGUAUCACAAUCCAUCUCUCUUCCUGUAUUGUAGGUUAUGCACCAUUAUUACAAGUAUGAACCAGGAUUUUUCUCACGAUUUUUAUAUACACGUGUUUUUCUUCGAUGAAAAAUUGUGUUAUGUUUUUUCAAGGGUCUUAAAAUGGUUGCAAGUUCAAAUC